UUAGAGUACAGCAAAGAGGGCAUUGUGAAUGGAAAAAAUUUAAAGGCAAUGAUUAAAUUCUUUCACCAGAAAAGUGGGCUUUAAAAAGACUGAGAAGCUCUGUUACAGCAUACCUACGCUCAAACACACCUAAAGAGAAUAGACCCAGCCUUUUGACCGAGUCCAUCAUGGAGACUGCUGUUGGUGUGCUGGUUUCUCAGUUCAAGGCAUAUGCUUGCAGAGACGGUUCCUCUGACACACUCAGCAGGGAUGAGUUUCAAAAACUGGUCAAAUCAGAGCUCCCCAACCUUGUCAAGAAUGCUGGUGACCCUGCUGACAUUGACCAGCUCAUGAGGUCAUUGGACAAUAACAAUGAUGGAGAGCUCAGCUUCCCUGAGUUCUGGCAGCUGAUUGGGCAUCUUGCAAGCAAACAUGGAGGAUUCAGCCAAUAGAGUCCUUUUUCUUUAAGUUGCAUGUGUGCAACUAAACUUUCUGAGUGCCACAUAAUAAGAAAAGGGAAAUCCUUCAUAAUGGAAAUCAUCUCAGUCUGUUUCCUCUAUUAAAGAUUUCAACAAGUCAGUUCACUGCUCUGAUAAAAUUAUAGGCAAACUUUAAGCACUAAAGCAGUUUCAUAACAUUUUGUUGGUUUUAUUUAAAUCAGUGUCUCUCUGUUUCUUUCUCAAAUGUAAUGAUAACUAAGGAUAAUUUUGUUCAUUGUGUUUGACAUAAAUUCAUAAUAGAAUAAAAAAA